UGCGCGGCCCAUCCGGCCGGGCAAGGGGAAGGCGAAGCGGCCAUGGCGGCGGCGCUGGAGCGCUGGGUGUCCGGGCAGCUGCAGGCGCUGCUGGGGCUGAGCGGCCGCCACGUCCCCGCGUUCCUGGUGGCGCUGGCGCGGAGGAGCCGCAGCCCGGACGAGCUGCUGGAGCGGCUGCGGGAGACGGAGGCGCUGCGGGUGGAGGAGCCGGGGGUCCGCCAGUUCGCGAGGGAGCUGUGGGACAAGGUCCCCCGAGCGACCCCGUCGGAGCCCCCGGGCCGGGCGGCCGAACGGGCGGCGCUGGAGCUGCGCAACCGCCAAUACCAAUUGGUGGAGAGCGAUGACGAAGGGGCGGAGCCAACGGCAGGCCCCACCCCCAACAUGGCCGCCAAGCGGCGCCGCCACCUGCGAGCGCGACGCCCCGAAUCCCCCGAGCCCCCCGAGACCCCUGAGACCCCCGGGACGUCGACAGCACCCGCCCCCGCCGAGGACCCCGAGGACCCCGAUUCCGACGGGGACGCGUCGGAGCGCGAGCGGCUGCGGGACCUGGCGGAACGAGACGCGUUCGCCGAGCGGCUGCGACAGCGCGACCGCGACCGCACCCGGCACCCGGGACACCCCCAAAACAAGGCCUACGAAGAAGCCCAAAAACGCCUCAAAAUCGCCGAGGAGGAUCAAAAAAAGAUGAUCCCGGAGCUGCGCAAGCGCUCGCGCCGCGAGUACCUGGCCAAACGGGAGCAGGACAAGCUGGAGGAGCUGGAGGCCGAGAUCCAGGACGAGGAGCAGCUGUUCGGGGAGGCCGCGCUGUCGCUGCGCGAGCGCCGGGAGCUGCAGCGCAAGCGCCUCCUGCGGGACCUGGCGCGCCAGUACCAGCGAGCGGGCGAGCGCGAGCGCCUGGAGAAGAGCCAGCGCUACCGCAUGCCGGAGGAGACGCGCGACAAGCGCAUCCCGGAGCAGGAGGCGCCCCCUGGCGGCGGGGAGGACCCGUCGGCCCCGCGGGACGAGCAGCGGCGCUGGGAGGAGGAGAGGAUGGGGGCGGCCGCCCUCAGAUUUGGGGCGCGGGACCGCCCGCCCCCCAAGAACUACGACUUCGUGCUGGAGGACGACGAGAUGAUCCAGUUCGUCAGCUCCGCCCAGCUCGAGGGCACCGAACCCCAAAAGGACGAGGUCCCCAGUGUCCCCGAUUCGCGGUGGCACUCGGCGCAGCGCGCCCGCCGGGAUCUGCCCAUCUUCCCGUUCCGGGAGCAGCUGCUGGAGGCCAUCGCCCAGCACCAGAUCCUGGUGAUCGAGGGGGAGACGGGCUGCGGGAAGACCACCCAGAUCCCCCAGUACCUGCACGAGGAGGGGUACACGCGGGGGGGGCAGAAGAUCGGGGUGACACAGCCGCGACGAGUGGCCGCAAUGAGCGUGGCCGCCAGGGUGGCCCUGGAGAUGGGGACCAAGCUGGGAAACGAGGUUGGGUACAGCAUCCGUUUUGAGGACUGCACGUCCGAGCGCACGGUGCUCAAGUACAUGACGGACGGGAUGCUGCUGCGGGAGUUCCUGACCGAGCCCGACCUGGCGUCCUACAGCGUGCUGAUGGUGGACGAGGCCCACGAGCGCUCGCUGCACACGGACGUGCUGCUGGGGCUGCUGAAGGACGUGGCGCGGUUCCGGCCGCAGCUCAAGGUGCUGGUGGCCUCGGCCACCAUGGACACCCAGCGCUUCUCCACCUUCUUUGGGGACGCGCCCGUGUUCCGCGUGCCCGGGAGGCGCUUCCCCGUGGACAUCUACUACACCAAGGCGCCCGAGGCCGAUUACCUGGAGGCGUGUGUGGUGUCAGUUCUGCAGAUCCAUGUCACCCAGCCCCCCGGUGACAUCCUGGUGUUCCUCACUGGCCAGGAGGAGAUCGAGGCGUGCGUGGAGCUGCUGCAGGAGCGCUGCCGCCGCCUGGGCUCCCGCCUGCCCGAGCUGCUGGUCCUGCCCGUCUACGCCAACCUGCCCUCGGACGUGCAGGCGCGCAUCUUCCAGCCCACGCCGCCCGGCGCCCGCAAGGUGGUGGUGGCCACCAACAUCGCGGAGACGUCGGUGACAAUCGACGGCAUCGUGUACGUGCUGGACGCCGGGUUCUGCAAGCAGAAGAGCUACAGCGCGCGCACCGGCAUGGAGUCGCUGGUUGUCACCCCCUGCUCACGGGCCUCGGCCAAUCAGCGCGCGGGACGCGCGGGGCGCGUGGCCCCCGGGAAGUGUUUCCGGCUCUACACGGCCUGGGCCUUCCAGCACGAGCUGGAGGAGACGCCGGUGCCCGAGAUCCAGCGCACGGACCUGGGAGCGCUCGUGCUGCUGCUCAAGAGCCUCGGGAUCAACGACCUGAUCCACUUCGACUUCCUGGAUCCGCCGCCCCAUGAGACGCUGGUGCUGGCGCUGGAGCAGCUCUAUGCGCUGGGGGCCCUCAACCACCUCGGGGAGCUCACCACGCUGGGCCGGCGCAUGGCGGAGCUGCCGGUGGAGCCCAUGUUGGCCAAGAUGAUCCUGGCGUCCGAGCAGUACGGCUGUACGGACGAGGUGCUGUCGGUGGCCGCGAUGCUGUCGGUGAACAACGCCGUGUUCUACCGGCCCAAGGACAAGGUUCUGCACGCCGACAGCGCCAGGGCCGCCUUCUACCGGCCCGGGGGGGACCACCUGGUGCUGCUCAACGUCUACGAGCAGUGGGUGCAGAGCGGCCACUCGGUGCAGUGGUGCUACGAGCACUUUGUGCAGGCGCGGUCCCUGCGCCGGGCGCGCGACGUGCGGGAGCAGCUGGAGGGGCUGCGGGAGCGCGUGGAGCUGCCGCCGUCAUCCUGCGGCGGGGACUCGGUGCUGGUCCGCAAGGCCAUCACGGCUGGGUUCUUCUACCACACGGCGCGGCUGACGCGCGGCGGGUACCGCACGGUGAAGCACCAACAGCCGGUUUUCAUCCACCCCAACAGCUGCCUGUUCAGCGAACAACCGCGCUGGCUGCUCUACCACGAGCUGGUCUUCACCACCAAGGAGUUCAUGAGGCAGGUCAUCGAGAUCGAGAGCUCGUGGCUGCUGGAGGUGGCUCCGCACUAUUACCAAGCCAAGGAGCUGGAGGACACGAGUGGCCGCAAGAUGCCCAAGAAGGUCGGGAAGAGCCGCGACGAGCUGGGCUGAGCCCUGGGGACACUUGGGGACACUUGGGGACACCUGGGGACACUUGGGGACACUUAGGGACACCCCUCAAUACAGCUCGUUCGGUGGC